AUGGCCGACCCCCGAACGCUUGCCGUACGUAACAGCCAGGUUCGCCGUCUACAAUCCCUCGAUCCCGACACCUUCUCUGCUCGACUCAGUGAAACGCCUCCUCGUAUACAGGCCCAAUCGUGGGGGCAUGGCUUUAACCAGCUCUGGAGGUGGAUGCGACUAGUCGGAGUCCGCGCCGCCCUGUCUUGUUUGUGCCUUUUUCAACCUCCCGAGGAGGACGCCAUCGAUGAUGUUCUCGGCGACUGGCACCAGGUACCGGCGGAUGGUCUCCACUAUAUCUUAUUCGCCAUCGUUAUCGCAGAGUUGAAUCGUCAGGCCCGUGUUCAAAUGCCUUUGGACGCAGUGCGUGUUGGUCACGACUUGGUCUAUCAAUUUAUGACAUCCUACCAUCGAUACCGCCAUUCAGGCCGCCUACCUCACCUGGACGUCCCUUUCAGCCUCACUCUUCCGGACGGUGCUGUCAAUGUCAUUGCUGCCUUCCAGCGUGGGUUAACAUCCAUGCAAUAUCACCAACCUUCUCCGCGUCCCACCCCAACACCAGCGGCCAUUCAACCUGGAGACGUUGAACUUACUACCGUCAUGCUGUCGCCCCCAGUGUCUAUUCCUGAAGGCGUACCUACCGCUCACCAAGCUUCGCCAUCUGCCGACAUCAUGCGUCUCGUUGGUAGCGUUCUCCGAAAUUUCUCCAUUCCCGACACCCUCGGAUCCGCCAGCUCGUCAAGACCGCAGACAAUAACAACAGAGCAAUCUCUUAUCGGCUCUUAUCCCGGUCUUGCGCCCCAGAUUCCUUCCCGUCCUGCCAAUCAGCCUAUCCCAAUCGAAAACUUUGCGCACGAGCACGAUCGGCCCGGCGAUUUCCCUCAAAGCCCGUCCACGCACAGUUGGCAUCCCAGUCAGUUGUCAGACCAUGAUUCCAUGACGAAUUGGCUUGAAAGCUAUGCGGAUAGGCGACUUCCCGUGCAGUAUCCCCUCCCCGACGUCGCGGACAAUUUGCCGGAAGCCUUUCAUGUGUACUUCUAUGAGGAAGGCAGUGAUAUCGCGAUAGGGUCGACUCUGAAAGGCGCUUCACUGGGUAAUCUCGUCCACGAAGACGCUUAG